GGAAAUUGUUUUUUAUUGAGCAACACUGUAUAAGGAUUCUCGGAGUUAGGGUAGGCGGGUGAUCGGCGUGUAUUAAGGGUCUUUGAUGUGAGAAAUGCAAGCGUAUUAAGUGGUUCAUUGCAGCAAGUUCUUUCUUCAUGUAAAUAUCUGCUUGCACCGCGAUGGCACCUGCGAAGGUGUUGUGUGAUAGCUAGACCAGUGAGGUUAUACUGGAAGGAAGCAGGUGGAAUAUCGUCCAGCUGCCAGUGUGAAAGGGGAGUCGAUCUCUUGUUGCCCUGGCUGGAUGCCGCGGGACACCUUCUCCGGGAGAGGUCCUGCAUCUCUACCUGCCGGGACCAUGACGGAACCUAAAGAUCACUGUCAGAAGCGCUUCCAGGCCGCCGUAGAUGUCAUCCAGAAGUUACCUAAAAACGGUGUCUACAGGCCCUCCUAUGAUGUCAUGCUACGCUUCUAUGGCCUGUACAAGCAGGCAGUAUGCGGUCCCUGCAGAAGAUCCCGGCCUGGGUUCUGGGACCCCGUUGGCCGCUACAAAUGGGAUGCUUGGAGUCGCCUGGGGGAAAUGAGUAGUGAGGCUGCCAUGACGGCAUAUGUGGAGGAGAUGAAGAAGGUGGCAGAAGAGGUGAUCAACAACAUUCCAGUGAAUGAGAAGACUGCUUCUCUGUUCCACUAUUUUGAGCCUCUGUAUCUUGUCAUCCAUGACAUGCCCCAACCACCAGAGGCACUACUGAGUCUCAGGGCAGAGCUGGAAGGGAGUGUUCAGACUGCCACUCCAGCAGACGCAGAGUUGCAAAAGACUGAAGAGGAGCCCCCAAGUAGACGAGAUGACUGUCCCAGGAAGGGCGGUGCUGUUCACGAACCUGCCUCCCCAGAAUACUUAGUGGCAACAAGUGAUUCUGAGAGCGAGAUCUUCUGUGAUUCAUUCGAGCAGCUGGAUCAGAAUAAGGCAACACAAGUGGGAGCUGGACAAGGUGGAGAAGGAGCAGGGGAAAGACAGGGUCCACCAAAGAAAGGCAAGAGUUUGGGCAGGGAACCACACCAUAGAUGGAGGGAAGAGAUGCGAGGCAGACCACAAGGCAGAAUGCAGCAUGCUUACGAGGGGGCCUCUGGAAAUGGAGAUGAAGAUGGGGACAGAUGGGAGGGUGGUCCAUCAGGACAGCGCGAGAUGCAGAUGCAGCAGGAGAUCAUCUUUGCUCUGCGACAGUUGCAGGAGGACAUGCGCAGUGUGAUGGAACGACUCGAGGUUGUGGAGAGGCUAACUGCUGCACAGACUCGGGGCAUGGAUUUGAGGUCUGCUGACCAUCUGUCAGCAAGUAGUACAGAGGAACGGUGGUGGUCACCAUUCAACAUGUCUUCCCGUGCAGCAUUGCUUCUGCUGCUUUGGCCCUGUGUUGUCCAUUGGCUGAUGUUCCUGUUGCGUCGGAGAUACAGAAAAUGUAACCCUGAGUUUUGAAGGCCACAAAUCAGAAUUUGGUGAAUUCUCUUAAUUGAUUUUCUGUAAGCUGGAGAAAAAUUCUGCAUAAUUUGUUUAACUGUUAGGUCUCAUUCUGUCCAUCUUUUAAUUUAUUACCAUAAUAUCAAAAACAAUAUUCCUUUAUAGUUAUGGAACCAGCAAAAGUAAAAAAAUGGUCUUCGAUAUGUUUUUAUAUAUAGUAGCUAUAACGAAGUUAACCUUCCACAAGUACUAAUGACGAUUUCCUGAUUCAACACUUCAGUCAUACAUUUUUGAGACAGAGAGGGCACCUAAUAUUUCUGAAUUUGUGGGUUGAUGAAGUUCUCAAACCUCAUUAAAAGCUGCAUAAGAUAUUUUGAAAGUACUUCGUUCUCUGCUGAUCAGUUAAUCUAAAAAACUGCUACAUUUAUACACCAAAGUUUGAGUUUGAUUGUUUUACUAAAACGUUUCAUAAGUUAACUAAGAUGUGCACAGAGUUGAAAUGUUUUGAUUUUUUCAGAAAGUUAAAUCUGUCAGGCUCCAAAAAGGCUCACGGAACAGAACUGGUUAAAUGAAGAACUAGGAAACAUGAAUGAUAUCAUUAUUUCACUUUCAGAUGUAAUACACCUGAUGAAACUUAAAAAUGGUAAAUUAUGAACUGAUGACAAAGAUGUAAUAAAAAUCGGCCUUGUUUAUAAACGUG